UCAAAAAUAUUGUCAUGUCAAAUAAAAUCGAACGAAAAUGAUCUUUAGAAAAUCGUAAUUCACACUAAUUCUACAAUAUGAAGUGAUUUAUAAUGUUUUACAUGUUGAUUGUGUAAUAUUUACUAGAUAAAGUUUAAUUAUACAUCAGUUGAUUGGUUUGAAUUGUUUUUGUUUUAAUUGAAUCACCGGUGUAGGUUAUGAAAUAGGAUUUUCCACCACCAAUUCUUAUUGGUUAUGUUUAUGAAACAGUCUUUACGGAGAAAUUUAACAAAUUACGUAAACUAUGUCAAGAAUACUACACAACCGUAUGAGAUCGUCACUUAAAAAGUCAGUGGCAUGGUCAUGUGUGGACAAAAGAGCUGUCGCUUUCUCCAUAUGGACGGGUCGCAGCCUGCUCCUGCCGAAGCCCAUAGACAUAUGUCAUGUACAGAGGCGACGGUAUGGCAUGCUCGUCGCCAGGGCAGUGAGAGGAGUGUUGAAGAUAAGAUAUCUAUUGUUGGGUGGAGCAGUUGGAGGAGGAAUGACCUUGAAUAAGAAAUAUACGGAAUGGAAAGAUGGCCUGCCCGAUAUGGGCUGGGUGAACGAUCUGCUCCCAGAUAAUGAACAGUGGAAUCGGUUCACCACCACAUUAAUCUCAGCUAAAGACAAAAUUGGUGACCAGUUACAAAUUGGUCUCCCACUGACGCUGUCGGUGCACGCAGAUCCUCGUCUGCGCGAGGCCGGGUUGUCGCGCGCGGCGGAACUGCGCGAGUGGCUCUCGCAGCGGUACGAAGACGCCGUCGCCGCAGCCGCCGCUAACAACGCCGCUCAUAUUGAAGCGCCACAGAAGAUUGUCAACAACCUGCAGAGCAGACCAGCUCCGUCCCCCAGCCGAUCUAGCAGUGAAGAUUCUAACACUUAUGAAAAACGCGUGCACGCCUUACAAGAGGAAGUGCUGGCGCUCCAAGCCCGCUAUCAGAGGGAACUGCAGCGUUUGGAGCAAGAGAAUCGGGAACUGAGACAACAGAACAUGCUCCUCAAGCAGGGCAGGCAGCCUACCGCUAGGAAAAUGAAGCGCUCGCUCAUAGACAUGUACUCGGCGGUGCUGGACGAGCUGUCGGGCUGGGAGGCGGGCGAGGCGGACCGCCUGCCGCGCGUCGUGGUGGUGGGCGACCAGUCCGCCGGCAAGACGUCCGUGCUCGAGAUGGUCGCCCAGGCCAGGAUCUUCCCCCGCGGCGCGGGCGAGAUGUGCACCCGGGCCCCGGUCAAAGUGACGCUGUCCGAAGGUCCGUACCACGUAGCUCAGUUCAGAGACUCCGCUAGGGAGUUCGAUCUGAACAAGGAAUCUGAUUUGGCUGAUCUGAGGAAGGAAGUGGAGCUGCGCAUGCGCAACAGCGUGCGCGGCGGGCGCACCGUGUCCGCGGACGUGAUCGCCAUGUCCGUGAAGGGCCCCGGGCUGCACCGCAUGGUGCUGGUGGACCUGCCCGGCGUCAUCUCGACUCAAACAGUGGACAUGGCAUCGGACACGCGCGAGGCCAUCAAACAGAUGACCAAACAAUACAUGGACAAUCCGAACGCUAUCAUUUUGUGUAUACAGGACGGUUCAGUAGACGCCGAGCGAAGCAACGUGACAGACUUAGUGUCGUCCUGCGAUCCGACUGGCAAACGCACUAUAUUCGUGUUAACCAAAGUGGAUUUAGCAGAGGAGAACCUCGCCAAUCCUAACAGGAUUCGUCGCAUACUCGAAGGGAAACUGUUCCCGAUGAAGGCCCUCGGCUACUACGCGGUAGUGACAGGCCGCAGCCGGAAAGACGACUCCAUUCAAAGCAUUAGAGAGUACGAAGAGAGGUUCUUCCGGUCCUCCAAGCUCUUCAAGGACGGCCUAGUGACGCCAUCUCAGGUGACAACCAGGAACUUGUCAUUGGCCGUCGCUGAAUGCUUCUGGAGGAUGGUGAGGGCCUCGGUGGAACAGCAAGCAGACGCGUUCAAAGCUAUGAGGUUCAAUCUCGAGACGGAAUGGAAGAACACUUUCCCGAGACAACGCGAACUAGAUCGAGACGAAUUAUUCGAGCGAGCGCGCGCCGAGUUGCUCGACCAGUCGGCCGAGCUGUCCGCCGUCGCGGCGCCGGCCUGGGAGCUGAGGCUGCAGGCAGCUUUGUGGAACACGGCUGCUGAACGGAUCUUCCAACAGAUUUAUUUGCCGGCCGCUGCCAGUGCUCAUUUAGACGUCGACAAAUUCAACACAUCAGUUGACAUCAAACUGCGCGAGUGGGCGGAGUCCGAGCUGCCUUUGCAGUCCAUCCGCGCGGGCAGGGAGGCGCUGAGGGAGGAGUUCCUGGAGCUUAUGUCCCGGGGGACAGAGUCGGAUCCCGUGUACGAGCCCGUGAAGAAGGAAGCUGUCGAAGAGGCUCUGAGGAGGCACCAGUGGGAGGAAAGGGCUCAAGAUGUACUCCGCGUGCUGCAACUGAACGCGCUUCAGGACCGUUGUGUAUCGUCGCGGGCGGACUGGGACGCGGCCGUGGCCCUCAUGGAGACAGCUUUGAAGGAGAAGCUGGACGACGUAAAUGCCGAGCUAAGGAAUCUCACUGGUCCCGGGUUCAAAGACCGCUGGCUGUACUGGCAAUACACCACGGAAGAGCAACAGAGACGCGCCGAAGUCAGGAACGAACUGGAGAAACUCGGCUCAUCCAGACCCAAUCUUACUUACGACGAAGUUGUGGCUGUGAGGGACAAUCUGAGGAGGAAGGGAUUGGAAGUGGAUAACGAUUAUAUUAGGGAGACUUGGAAACCUGUUUAUUUGAGAAAUUUCCUACAGAGUGCGCAAACUCGAGCGAGGGAUUGCAAGAAGAGUUUCUACUUAUACAGCCAACAAAAUGGCAAUGGGAAAGAGUGUUGCGAAGUGGUGAUGUUCUGGCGAGUGCAGCAAACGCUGAAGACGACCGCCAACGCGCUCCGACAGCAAAUCGGGAACCGCGAGGCGGCGCGGCUGGACCGGGAACUGAGGGAGGUUCUCGAUGAGAUGGCCUCGGAACCAGAAAUGAAGAAGAAAUUGUUAUCUGGUAGAAGAGUGGAAUUGGCGGAAGAAUUAAAACGCGUUAGACAAGUGCAAGAGAAAUUGGAAGAAUUCAUAGAGGCGCUUAACAAAGAGAAAUAGGGUUUAUAAAUUAUUGUCUAUGGGUAUAGAUUAGCGCAUACUCGUUAAAUAAUGUGUUUUAAACAACAAAAGAUGACAACGGAAUUUUUAUAUAUAGCUAUCUCUGUCGCUCGCAAACAUUAAUCAAAAAAUAAGUCGUGUGAACCGUACAUGAACGAGUGACAGAGAUAGGUAUAUAUAUCACAAUGACGUCUGUCAAUAACCUAUUUGGCUGUUAUUUAAAUGCGGUUUGUGAUAUUUUUAUCGUUGACCAAAAAUAAGAGCGCGAAAACAAAGACAACUUUUCAUUAUUUCAACUUGGAAUGUGAUUUUGAAUAUUGUUUUAAAUAAAUUAGCUGUAGAUGUCUAAAAUUUAAGAACUGUUUUUUUUUUGUUAUUGACGAUAUUUAUGGUAUGCUGAAUUUAAAAAGUUCGAAUUACAUUGAUAUUCUAAAUGAGAUCUUAACGCGACAAUUGUAAGAAUGAAAUUUGUUUUUUUUUUACUAUUUUCGGAAAAUGUUUCCUUUCGCUUUUUUAUUUUUAUUAUGUAAUUAUGCAACAUUAUGAAUAUAUCUAAUUCGUGUACUGUUUUUUCGUCAAUUAUAUUCUUUUAUAAUGUUAUUCAUGGGACAUUGUAUGUUUAUCUGGCACUUAUCGCCUUAACUAAUAAAAGACGAUAGAAAUAUCACUCACCAUAUAGUGUUAUAUGUAUAUAGUCUUCAUACAUAAGUAUGUAGUACAGUAAUGCCAAGAAUUUAACCCUCUUUCAGGCAGUUGGUAUGUUAUAAUUUUUGAUUCUAUUUGGUAACUCCCUAUUUCGGAUUAACUACAAAAAGAUUCUUAAAAAGGCGCGUGAAAAGAUUUCCACUGCAUCAAGAAUACCCUUUAUAUAUUAAGCUUUACGGGCAUUUUUGAGCGGCUAUGACCAUAUUAGUGAAAAAGUAUCCCUUAUCACCAAAGAAGGUUCAGUUUUAGACAUAUUGCCGUAUGACUCCACAGAGUAUGACUAAUAAUGAGUUACGUUAAGUGCGUUGUGACGCACUAAGUCAUUUUUACGCAAAAAGAUAUAUCUCUCAUUAUGUCAUUGAAAGAAACGAUGAUCGACGAGUCGCUAUUAACAUUCUACAAAAGUGACCCAUUUCCCAGAUAUGUCCAUUUGCGAAAAAGAAGAAUUGCGUCACAUCCAUUCAGUGGUAUUGCGAUUCAUAUUAAUAUUCUUAAAUCAAGUCUGUGAAAGCGUUUAUAAAGCGUUAAUCGCGAAAUGUGUAUUUAAAUUUUUAAAGAAUAGAUCAAAGCUUAUGAUGAUACGUUUUUGUUGUGGUUGUAAUUGAGACAGAUUUUUUGUUCAAGAGUAUAUUUUCAUUUCAACGAAUCCAUUUUUGCAACAUCCAUUUUAAAUAUGUUGUGUGUACACUGGUUUAUGUAAUUCUUACAGCAACCACCUUUUUACCGGGAUAAUCAGCUUCCGUAGGAAUUUCUUGAAGUAAUUCAAGAAAGCGGGUGCAUAGAUUAUGCUAACUCUCUCUCUCUCUCUCUCUCAUUUUUGCGCAUAUUCAGUGUAACUUUCCCCCAGUGGUCUUGUCAAAUUUCAAAUCUUGUGAAAUUUCAGUAAGUUUUGGUUGUGUCAAAAAAUGUGUCACUAACCAUUGUGAUUCAUACUGUGCCUAGAUUGAAAUUAUGGGCUAGAGUCUAGUCAAAAAUUUAAACAUUAUUUUAACUCUACAAAAGCACACUGAUUUUAAACCUGUCUGUCUAUAGGUAAAUGAGAUUUUGUCUAUCCCAUAAAGGAAAAAAUUCUUCGACAAUAGAUAUAAAGAAUGUGUUAUCUUUGUCAAGAAAGUGUAUAUGAGGUAUUUUUAAGAUUGCGAAAAAUUUAUUCGAGAAUACUUCAAAAGUGUCUUAAUUUCGUAUGAAAUAAAACACAAUAAAUUACAGUGAAAAGCAUAUAUUUAUAACAAAAACAAAAAUAAAAUUGUAAACUUUAACAUAAUGUACACUUAGCUUCAAAGCAGUAAAUUCUAGAACAAUCCAUCAUGAAAUAUGAUAACAGCGUUAUUAUAUUUAUUUUUAGUCCACUGCGCAUAAAUUUAGUCGAUGUUGUAUCAAAUUAAAGAAAUUCAUAUCUUUUGAAACAUGUCCAAUGAAUAUAAGCCCUAAAUGAAUGAAAUCUGAACAUUUUUGAUCCUAAUACAGAUUAAUACAUUAAUUUUACACUUAUGUUGCCUUAAAUUCAGACUCUAUUCAACACGUAUGAAAAAAGAUCAUUUUCACAUGGUUUCUCUAACGAUCUGCAUUUAUUUCGUAUUUAUCUAUUGAAAACUAUAAAUUUUCUUCAUCCCAUAAAAAAAUAAAUCAAAUCACACACAAUGAGUUAGCCUCGAUGGAAGUUCGAGACUUGUGUUAUAUAUAACGCGAUGAUAAUAUUUUAAAAAUGGAAACAAAUUAGCGCAGUGGCACCUCGAAAAUUGAACCUACCAAAUGAAAUAAGUCUUCAUACAUUUGUAUGACAUGGCUGUCGUCUGCACUUAUUAUACGUUGUAUUAUUUUGUUAUUAAUUUAACCGCUUGAUGUAAGUUAUCUUGUAAUAAAAUGUUGCAUUAAAA